AUGAGGGGGCGCUGGACGGUCCACGGAGGCCCCGGCCGCCGCGGGACCCCAAACACGCAGCGCCGCGAGGACCUCGGGCGGCGAGGACCUCCGGCGCGGGUCAACCCCCAGGAGGCCCCCUUAGGGGAGACCUUAAGGCCAGUGUGGGGACUGAUGGAUAAAUGCUACCCUGUGACCGCUCAGAGACGCAGAGUCAGGAGUGGGGAGAAGCACUCCCUGCAGGCCAUGACCCCCAAGGCAACAGGAGGACUGAAUGAUGCUGCCCCCAAGGAGGAGACUGAUACCUUGUCUUUGGAUGAGGGGGAGAUGAGGUCCCCAGGAGAGGAAGCAGGCAGCCCCAUUCCUUCCCCCAUUCCUGCUGGGAAGGAGGUAUCUGAGGAGGAGGAGGUGGCAGGGACCCCAGGCUGGGAGGAAAAUAAAACGGUCCGAAAGGAGAUUGCUGCAUAUACUUCUGAGGCUUCUGAGGUGGACCUCACGGAGGAGAGGCCUGGGGGCCGGGUCCCCCAGCUCCUGAGGAAGCUCUGGCCGGGCUGGUGCCCAGCCUCUGACAAUCCCCAGGACUCAGAGCCACGGAUGACAAAACAUCCAAUAAAUCCACAGCUGCUGCUUCUGCAGGCCUGGCUGCCUCCUUUCAGGGGCCUCAAGUUUCCACAAACUCAGUGAGGUUUCAUCCACGCUCCCUGUUCCAAUAAGCUGCAGGAACACCACCUCCUGCC